UUCAGGACAAAUAGUGUGAUCUCAGUAUAUUUAGCAUGAGAUAAUAAGUAAAUACAGAUGAAUGUAUUUUCAGAGUGACUUUUGUACAGUAUAAAACACAAAUAAGAAAACUAGUCUGACCAUCAAUCAUUGUCAGAACUAGGUCUCCAAUAUCUAGUUCUUACCCAUUUCCGAUCACUUCAGGAUGAAUUAGAGUAUGCCCUUACAGGGAUCAGUGUCAUUCAAGGAUGUGACUGUGGACUUCAACCAAGAGGAGUGGCAGCAACUGGACCCUGCUCAGAAGGCCCUCUAUAGGGAUGUGAUGUUGGAAAACUAUUGCCACUUCAUCUCUGUGGGGUUUCACAUGACAAAGCCUGAUAUGAUCCGCAAGUUGGAACAAGGAGAAGAGCUAUGGACACAGGGAAUUUUUCCAUGUCAGAAGUACCUAGAAGAUGGAAAAGCUGAAGAUGUUUUAGUGAAGUUCAAAGAAUACCAAGAUGGACAUUCUAGAUCAGUUGUAUUCAUCAACCACAAAAAACUAAUUAAGGAGAAAAGUAAUAUUUAUGGUAAAAGACUUACUCUAGGCAAGAACCAUAUUAUUUCAAAAACAACAUUAUGUGAAUAUAAACCUGAUGGAAAGGUUUUGAAAAAUAUUUCAGAAUUAGUCAUUAGAAAUAUAAGCCCCUUAAGAGAGAAGUUUGGAGAAAGUAAUGGAUGGGAGAAAUCACUUCUCAAUCCGAAGCAUGAGAAAAUUUAUCCUACAGUGAAUCUCCAUAAACAAACAGAAAAAGAUCUCAGUGGUAAACAGGAACUUACUCAGUAUCAGAAGAUUCAAACUCCAGAACAACCAUUUGAGCAUAAUGAAUGUGAAAAAUCCUUCCUUAUGAAAGGAAUGUUAUUUACACAAACUAGAGCUCAUAGAGGAGAAAGAACUUUUGAAUACAAUAAAGAUGGAAUUGCCUUCAUAGAAAAGUCAAAUCUCAACAUCCAUCCACACAGUCUUAUGGAAAAGAAGCCCUCUGCCUACAACAAAUAUGGGAAAUUCCUCUGUAGAAAGUCUGUUUGUGUUAUACAUCAGAGAUCUCAAACAGAAGAGAAACCCUUUCAAUGUCCUUACUGUGGGAAUGGCUUUAGAAGGAAAUCAUACCUUAUUGAACAUCAGCGAAUUCACACAGGUGAGAAACCAUAUGUUUGUAAUCAAUGUGGAAAGGCCUUCCGUCAGAAGACAGCCCUUACUCUUCAUGAAAAAACACAUAUAGAGGGGAAACCCUAUAUUUGUAUUGAUUGUGGGAAGUCCUUCCGCCAGAAGGCAACCCUCACUAGACAUCACAAAACACAUACAGGGGAGAAAGCCUAUGAAUGUACUCAAUGUGGAAGUGCCUUUAGAAAGAAGUCAUACCUCAUUGAUCACCAGAGAACUCACACAGGAGAGAAACCAUAUCAGUGUAAUGAAUGUGGAAAGGCAUUUAUCCAGAAGACAACCCUUACUGUCCAUCAGAGAACUCACACAGGAGAGAAACCAUAUAUUUGUAAUGAAUGUGGGAAGUCCUUCUGCCAAAAGACAACCCUCACUCUUCAUCAGAGAAUUCAUACAGGGGAAAAACCCUAUAUUUGUAAUGAAUGUGGGAAGUCCUUCCGCCAGAAGGCAAUCCUCACUGUUCAUCACAGAAUACAUACAGGAGAGAAAUCCAGUGGAUGUCCUCAGUGUGGAAAGGCCUUUAGUAGGAAAUCAAACCUUAUUCGCCAUCAGAAAACUCACACAGGAGAGAAACCAUAUGAAUGUAAAGAAUGUGGGAAGUUCUUCAGUUGUAAGUCAAACCUCAUUGUCCAUCAGAAAACUCACAAGGUAGAAACCACGGGAACUCAGUAAGUAAUGGGACUUUUUUGUAAAAAAACUUUUAAGUCAUAGUAAAUCCUGUACAUGAUAUGUUGCUUGCAAGUGUAAUAAUAUCCAACAGUUUAAGGUACUUUACCACCUAUAAACCUACUAUUGGCUAGACUAGCAGCUAGCCUAUAAGAUACACACACACCAAAUAUUACUAGACAAAUUAAGUGACAAAAAAUCAUUGAAAUAAAAGCCCAAAUUUUUUAUUAGAUUCAGCAGAUGAAAACUUCUUCUGUCAAAUUGUUAUAAACAUUUGAAAUUGUUUAUUUUAAAUUUCUAUUAUCUUUUUGUGAACCAGUAAUAAGCAGUUGGCCAACUGACAGUGGUCCAUGAACUACACUGUGAAUAGAAGUUCUAUAAAAGAAAGGAGGUAUGUUCUCAACAUGGACAAAGCAGGGGAAUAAAAAGGAGAUGUGAACUGUAUUUCUCAUUGCAAAUAUAAAAUAAAAAUUAGUUGUUACCUCUUCAAAGUUAACCACAGUUCUGACUUCUAACAUUAUAAAUUAGUUUUUACAUACUAUAAAACUUUAUAUAAAUUGGAUUAUAUAUUGUUUAUUCUUUUAUAUAUGGCUUAUUUCAUUCAUCAUUAUGUCUCUAAUCACUAGUAGUGCAUAUGCAGAAGUUUAUUUUUAUUCUAUAUAGAAUUCCAUUAUAUGAUUAUAUCACAAUUUAUCCAUUCUGUUGAUGGACUUUCACACUGUUUACA